GUCUUCUCUUUUGUGUGAAGAGAGUUGGUGAAGGUUGUUUCUGUUGUGUCUUUGGGCGUCUCCAUCAUUGGUUGCGUCUCUGAAUGCAUGCAUGCUACAUGCUCUCUAAAAUUCAUUCCGCCCACCACAUUUGUGUCUCUACCGUAUAUAGCUACAGUACUAUUAAUAGCUAGCUAGAUGUCAGCCCGAGAAAGGUCAAUCGAAGUGACGGCCGAAGACGCCGCCGCAUUGGCGGCCAAAGCCUUUUCUUCUCCGACUUCCAGUGCUGGUACUCGACCCACCAUCACUAUUAAUACUCCCUCCUCGUCCUCCUCUGCCAGUGUCAAGAAGAGAAUAUCGAAUCUGAUCAAGUUGAGAACUCCCAAGACAAACAAGACCAGUCCUUCCUCACAACAGUCAACUCCUACGGUUGGAGUCAGUACUACUACCGGUAGUACUCGUACAACUAUUAAUAAUAAUGCCAGCAGCAGUCGAGAUGUGUGCGAUGGCGACACCACCGCCAGUGAAAUUUUAGCCAGACCCUACUACGCUCCGAGUCUUCAGAUUAUCAGUAGCACCACCAACGACGUCGACAAUUUUUCCUUCAACAGUGAAUCCAUGGGACAAACUCCCACCCCCACAGUGUGCAGUCUAGACACGGUCAAAGCAUCCAAUCGACAACAACAAGUACCACAACAACAACAAAUGGGCGAAGAAAAUGCAAACAAAAACAAAUCUCCUUGGAAAAAACUCAAACAGUUUAUUGGAAUUCCACAGAGUACCAGCACUGCCGGCAGAAAACAACUGGGAGAGAUUGAUCCAGGAGAAGAUUCACCACCCAUUCCACGAACACACUCCAAAUCAGAAGAUUUCAGAAACAACGACAAUGGGGAACCAUCCUCCGUCACUUCGCCACCCUCGAGAAGAAGAAUUGCUAGUAUGGACUUUCCAUCCAAGGCUCAGUUUCGAAACAAACAGCAAAAACAAUCCUCCAAACAAGUCGUCGUUAAACAAGAGCGACAAACAAUGCUGGAUGAUGCCCUAAGGGGACGUCUAGAUGGAAUGGAUUACCUGUCUCUGGGGCCUGCCAAUCUCAUCUCUCUAGAACGACAGCCAUCGGGAUCCAAAAGCGACGCUUCCUGCACGCCCUGGGAACCAGCACCAUCAUUCUCGUUUGCCGGACGAUCCACACACUACUCUACCAAGCAAAUGGUGACCGACAUGAUGUGGAAUGCCACUGCAGGACGAAAGUCUCCAGAAAUUGUACUGGAAGGAUUCUUUCGAGAUGAUCGCUGGAUUGUCACACUCGACGUUCCUCCUCCAAGAGAACAACAAUACGCAAACUGGAACAGUACGGCUGCACCUGCUACUACUACUGCAACCAAUAGCUGCACUGUUGUGGAUGUCGAUGACGCUAGUAACUACCUCUUUUGCAGUGGCGAAAACCAUCAGUCUCCCGAACGCUGCAACUAUAGUCCCGAACAACUGCCUCUCAUGCAAUUAACCGAUGAAGAAGAGCAUUCCCAUUCCACCACUGAAGAAAUCAUUCCUCGACACAAACUCUGGGGAUCCAUGUGGGGAGCAGAAAACAAACCACCGCCCAAACCUUCCCUCAUGUCAUCCGUAGAAGAUGUCGAUCAGUCGGGAGAAAACAUUCUGGAAAUGGCCGCGUCCUGCAGUGUGCCCAUUGACGUCGAUGAAGAUACUUUCAUGAUUAGCAACGCACUACAUUUGCAAGCCGUACACGAUCUGGCAAGUGUCCCUCUGCAGCAUGGAAGAUUCGAUGAGGCCAUGCUGAUUUUCAACAAGUUGCUACGUGGUAUUCAAAUACAAGAAGAGGAUCCUUUGAGACAUUUAGAAGGAGUGACCUUGCACAAUAUGACAGUCAUCCUCAUGUGGCAAGACAAGUACGAAGAGGCCCUGGAAAGUAUUGGCAAAGCAAUCCAAGCAAGAUUGCAAUUUCUCCCGGACAAACAUCCAGAUAUUGCCGUUUCAUUGGUACGGCAGGGGUAUGCCUAUUUCGCAGUGGAAAAAUUUGAUCUAGCAGAAGCUUCCUUCCUGGCAGCAGGGGAUAUUUUUGUCGACGGCAACAUUUGCAAGGCCAAGGUUCUUUCCAAUCUGGGGGUGGCACGGUACCAGAGAGGGGACGAUACUGGGGCGUUGAAAAAUUUCACCGAUGCUCUGGAAAUACAACGCAUGUGGUUGCAGGGUGCGGUUCGAAGAGAGGCAAAUGUCUUUGGUGCCGCUGUGAUCUUGGGCAACAUGGGAAAGAUACACAUCAAACGAGGAGACUAUGAUUUGGCAGUGUCUGUUUACGAGGAGGCGCUGUUGCUACAGACAACCAUUUUCAGGGCAGACGAUGACACCGUCUUGGCGUGCCUCGUGAGUCUGGCACUGGCAUGGGCCUUCAAUGCACAACCGCAAAAAGCAGUACAGAUUUUGAGUGGUGUGUUACGUUCUCAAAUCAAACGAUUCGGACCGGGGACUCCCAUCACAGUCGAAACAACCGGAACAAUAGGGUUUCUCCACUUUGGUCUUGGCAACUAUGAGGACGCCUUGAAAUGCUGUGCCCCCGUAUUGAAGUGGCAGAAAGCAAAUCUAGAUGCCGGGCAUCCAGCUCUGCGCAAGACCAAGGAUAUCAUGAAACGAAUCAAGAAAUCAGUCCAAGCUGUAUGGGUUUAAGUAGUAGCAAAGAAGAAUUCAUCGCCUUCCU